UAUAUUGUAUCUGUCGGUAUUUUUUUGGAGAUAUUCAUAAAAGUAUAUUCUUUACUGCUUCAUAAAAAUUGCAAUGCUUCACCCUCCAAAUCUUCAUGCCUAAAUUUACAAUUGAGAUUUAUUUGCCUCAAUAUCCGUGCGCAUCGGUGGUUGUGUUUAUACACCUUAUCUCAAGAAAUUUAGCAAGAUUUCCCUAAAAAAAAUUAAAAAAAAAAUAGCAAGAUUUGAAUUGGAAGAAGAUGAGCUCUGAAGAAGGAAAAGAUCUCCCGCCGCACGUGCUGAUUUUCCCGUUUCCGGUUCAGGGGCAUCUCAACUCGAUGCUGAAUCUCGCGCAGCUCUUCUGCUUAGCCGACUUCCACGUCACCUUCAUCGUCUCCGAUUUCAGCCACCGCCGCCUCCUCCGCCACAGCACCGUCCCGGCCACCUUCGCCCGCUACCCGGGAUUCCAGUUCCGGACUCUGCCCGACGGCCUCCCCGACGACCACCCCCGCGCCGGCGAGGGAGUGAUGGAGAUUACGACCUCCGUCGCAGCCGUCACCGUGCCGCUCUUCAAGAAAAUGAUGCUCCACGAAAAUUUCUUGGCCUCCGCCGCCCGUAGGCCGGUUACUUGCUUCCUCGCAGAUGGGCUAAUGAGCUUCGCCGCCGACUUCGCCGGAGAGCAUCAGCUUCCGCUCAUUUACUUCCGAACUGCCACCGCCGCCUACUUUUGGGCUCUUUUCCGCUUUCCUCAGCUCGUUGAAGCUCAAGAAUUUCCUUUUGGAGGAAAAUCAAUGGAUGGAAUAGUUGAAAGUAUACCGGGAAUGGAAGGUUUUCUCCGACGGCGUGACCUGCCUAGUUUUUACCGCGUGGACGAAGUAAGGGGCUCGAAUCUUGAGAAAGUAGUAUCUGUAUCAAGCAAAAUUAUGAGGGCGCAAGCUGCCAUAUUCAACACUUGUGAAGAUCUCGAGGGACCGAUAGUUGCAGAGAUACAGAAGCAUGUGCCAAGAAUUUUCUCCAUCGGUCCAAUCCACGAGCAAAUGAAAUCUAGACUGACGGAGAAGAAGGCGGAGGCGUCGAUCAUCACGGCGAGUCUUUGGGCGGAAGAUCGGAGUUGCAUCGAUUGGUUGGACGCGCAGCCGCCAAAAUCUGUCAUCUAUGUGAGCUUUGGGAGCAUAACACUCGUGACGAGAGACCAAGAGUUAGAGAUUUGGCACGGCUUGCUCGACAGUUCGCAAAGGUUCUUGUGGGUGAUGAGGCCGGAUUCCGUUGCCGGGAACGAUGUAGAUGAUGGAAUUUCGACAGAACUAAUGGAGCGUAGUAAAGAAAAGGGUUUGUUGGUGGAGUGGGCGCCGCAGGAGGAGGUGCUCAACCACACUGCGGUGGGGGGAUUCAUGACGCACAGUGGAUGGAACUCGACUCUCGAGAGCAUUGCGGCGGGCGUGCCGAUGGUGUGCUGGCCUUAUUUCGCUGAUCAGAUGAUUAAUAGUAGGUUUGUGAGUGAGAUUUGGAAAGUGGGAUUGGAUAUCAAAGAUUCUUGUGAUAGAUUGACGGUUGAGAAGGCGGUUAGGGAGUUGAUGGAAGUGAGAAAAGAUGAAUUUUUGAAAAGGGCGGAAAAUGUGUCUAAACUUGUGAAAAAGGCUGUUAGUAAAGGGGGUUCGUCUUAUACUAAUUUGGAUGGCCUAAUUCAGUAUAUCAAGUCAUUGGUGAUUUGAUAAUUAACUAAUAUUGUAUUGGCAAGUUGAGGUAUUUGUUAAGUUGCAUAUUGUUCUAA